AAUAAACAGGUCACAAUAGGAUGUUAUUUAUCGUUAAAUGGUGAAAAAAUCGAUAGCACUUGCAGUCAUAUGAUUUGUUUGAUAAAUGGGGAUAUCUACAUUAAAAGUUUGAUUGCUUAGUUAUUCGAAUCAACAUAUUAAAUUUGCCUAAAUAACUAUUUUAAUAAAAAAUGUCUUCGAAGAAAGAAGAAAUUGGAAAUUUACUUGAUCUGCUUUACUUAGAAAUGUUGGAUUUAAUAGAACAAUACACAACGAGCCGAGUGAAUAUUGAAAGAUUAAUGAAUAGUGGACAGUUGAUGUUGGCCAAAACACGGUACCUUCAAGGAUCACAAACUAUAAGUUCAGCACAAAUUCCGACCGAGUAUAGCAACACAUUCAAUGCACUUUGUGUUUUAGAGGAACAAAAGAAUGACACAAAAAUAUCAAGUGUAGAGUACAGUUUAAUGAGACGUAGCGUCGAUAAAGCUAAAGGAUUCGUUGAACCGAUGCAUUGGUUCACUUUACUACCACCAAGUAGUUUGCGAACCGCAUCUGAUCACUUCAAAAAUUGUUUAGAAUUAGUAUUGGAAAGUGCGAGUGUGCAACGAGAACUUCUUGCAGUAAUGGAACAUAUUGAUAGACUUAAACAACAUUGCAAAAUAAUAUGAAUUCUUUUUCUAGUAACAAUUUACUUUUAGUAAUUUAAAUGAUCUAUCAAUCAAACAUAUGUA